CGAGAGCCAUGGUCCGAAAUCUCCCCCCAGUCCUCCCCCAGCUGCCCCUCGAGGCGAGCUAAACUGUCUGUGCGCGAAACCGGUCACGUACGCGGCGCGCCGCAUCUGUAUCUGCGGAACUCGCGCGCGAUUCUGCGGGACUUGGCGUCAAACUGGGCCAGGUCACAACCGGCGGCGUUGGGUCAUACCGGCACUGCCUGACACCGUUCCGGUGCACUAUUUUUUUUUGCAUCAUCUCGACUUUGGUCAGAUCUUGUCUCUUGUCAUCUCGUCUCGUCGUGAGCCCACCUCGAAUUGAGGAAAAAUGUCUACUGCCGAUGAGAAGGGCGCAGUCGUGGCGCAGCCCCGGCGACACCUCGACCAAAACAUUCCCGCCGAGGCGCACGCGUGGGUCGAUAGCCUCGCGCCCGACGAGUACCAGCGCGCACAGGCCAAGCUGAAGCGCAAGAUCGACAUCCGCAUCCUGCCCACCCUUUUCAUUCUCCUCGUCCUCAACUACCUCGACCGCAAUGCCGUGCCCCUUGCCCGCGUCCAAGGCCUUGACAAGGACCUCGGCCUCGUCGGCACCCAGUUCAACACGGUCAUUUCCGUCUUCUUCGCCGGAUACAUCAUCGGCCAAGUGCCCUCCAACAUUCUCCUCUCUCGCUCCCGCCCCAGCCUGUAUCUCCCUGGCUUUGUGAUCCUCUGGGGCACCGUCAGCGCCAGCGCCGCCGCAGCAAACAGCUACUCGCAUCUCGUGGUGUGCCGCUUCUUCCUCGGCGUCACAGAGGCCCCUUACUUCCCCGGAAUCCUCUUCUUCCUCUCGUCAUGGUACACGAAGCGGGAGUUGGCUCUCCGCACAUCCAUCCUCUACACUGGCGCGCACCUGUCCGGCGCUUUCGCCGGCCUCAUCGCCGCGGGUGUUCAGCGGGGCCUGCACAUGGCGCGCGGCCUUGAAUCCUGGCGCUGGCUGUUCAUCAUCGAGGGCGUGCUGACCGUGUUCUGUGGCCUCGUGGCCGCCGUCAUCCUCCCAAACUGGCCCGCGACGACGCGCUGGCUCAGCGACCGCGAGAAGGCGCUCGCCGCCGCGCGCCUCGAGCGCGACGUCGGCAUGGGCGACGACGAGUACAUGCCGCUCGGUGCGGCGAUCAAGGCUGCCGUGAAGGACUACAAGAUGUGGCUCAUGGGCCUCAUCUACUGCCUCAUGACCACCGCGGGCGGGUACACGGCCUUCGUGCCAACCGUGGUCAGCACUUUCGGCAAGAGCCGCGUGCAAACCCUCCUCCUCACCGCGCCGCCAUAUCUCGUCCCGGCGAUCACGGAGAUCUUGGUCUCCUUCUCGAGCGACCGCCGCCCCGAACGCUGCUUCCACUACACCGUCCCCAUGGUACUGGGCAUUAUCGGCUUCGUGAUUGCGGCCACGACGACAGCCACCGCACCGCGAUACCUCUCGAUCUUCUUCAUGACCGGCGGCAUGUCGAGCUCGUUCACCGUGCUCCUCGCCUGGGUGGGAUCGACUUUUUCGCGCCCGCGCGCGAAACGCGCUGUCGCAUACGGCACCGUCAACGCGCUCGGUAAUGUCGCACAGAUCUGGUCCCCGUACUUCUACCCUGCGUCCGACGGGCCGCGGUACGUCAAGGCUUUCGUCAUCAACGCGUGCUUUACAGCCGCAGCGAUCGCGCUCAGCUUCGUCCUCCGCGAGUGCCUCCGGCGCGAGAACCAGCGCAUGGACGAGCGAGACGACGACGACAGCGUCAUGACGGAGAAGAGGAUUCGGUAUGUGCUGUAAAGGGUGGCUAGACAUCAAUAGACAGUUGGUACAAAAGGAGAGCUAGGUAUGCGUGAUGAUGCAUUGCAGAAUGAAGGGCA